UGUGCCGAGGUAGCAGUCAAGGCAGUCUCGCCUUACCUCGAGAAGCGAUGGCCAGGGACCUCAAGGAACUCGUGCACAACGUCGUCGAGGCAAACUCGCAGGAUCUCUGGGAAUUGAGUCGCUUCGUCUGGGAGCAUCCGGAACUUGCAUUUAACGAGGUGCAAUGUCACGACUGGCUCACGGACUUUCUCGAACAACGUGGCUUCAGCGUGACGCGGCGUUACCUCCUGGACACGGCCUUCAAAGCGGAAUUCGAAGCUCCCGGCGGCACGGAAGGGCCUUGCGUGACCUUGCUGUGCGAGUAUGACGCACUGCCCGAUAUCGGCCACGCUUGCGGCCACAACCUGAUCGCCGAGGCCUCCGUGGGCGCUGCACUGGCUGUGAGCGAGGCCAUGAAGAACCACCGGGACAUUCGCGGCAAAGUGGUUGUACUGGGCACGCCUGCGGAGGAAAACCAUUGCGGUAAGGAGCUGCUGAUACGAAAGGGCGCCCUGCAAGGAGUCGACGCGGCGCUCAUGGCGCACCCAUGUCCAGAUGACGUCCUGAUGAUCGGCUUCGCGGCUACACAGCAACUGGUAAUCCGCUUCAAAGGUAAAGCAGCCCACGCAGGAUCGCCAUGGGACGGACUAAGCGCCCUGGACGCUGCCGUCGCUUCGUACGUCAAUGUCAGCCUCCUUCGAAUGCAGCUGAAGCCAACCGCCAGGAUUCACGGCGUCAUCACUGAAGGCGGCAAGUCCCCGAACGUGAUCCCCGAGGAGACGGAGAUGCGCUUCAGCGUCCGGGCUGCGAGUACCGAGGAACUGGCCCAGCUCCUGCGGAAGGUGGAGGCCUGCUUCCGCGCGGCGGCCGACGCCACAGGCUGCUCCCUGGACAUGGAGAAGAGGUUGCCGUACAUGAACGUCGUGCACAACGCCAGCCAUUGCAGAAACCUACCGGAAGCACGCCCACGCUUUCGGAAAGAAUGUUUUGAAGGCGUGUCCUUCCUGGACGACGUCGUGGAGAACCUGCCGCCCUUGGGAGGUGCCACGGACUGCGGCAACGUAUCGUACCGGGUGCCUGCCAUCCACCCGCUGUUCGGUGUUCCCGCCACGAAUGGAUCGGCGAACCACAUGCGAGCUUUCGCCUACGUAGCCCAGGCCGCAGACUCCCAGCCGCCCACGCUGAGGGUGGCCAAGGUUUUGGCUCUGACGGCGCUCGAUCUGCUCACGGACGCCGAGCUUCUGCGCGAAGUGAAGCGGGAGUUUGCCGCUCUACAACUACCCUCGGAAGAGGAACUGCAAUCUGCGCUGUCCUGAAAUGAGAGUUUUAGCCGCUGCGCAAGCGUUUUGGCGUUACCGCUUCAGCUGGACUCGCGCAACGGGCCGAUCAGCUGGUUUAAUUCGCCGACAAUCGUGACACCGUGGCUGAGGAACCAACGAAUUGCACCACCGUAGAAGCUCGUCCCCAGAAGGUCUUGUGUGCGGAGUCAUUCAGUGGCACUGGGCCACGUGAUGCUCGUCCAUGAAACGGAUUGACAAUUCAGUCAGUCUUGUCGCAGUCGGACUGUAGCCCAUGCGUGCUACGACUUGCGCACGGACGGUUGUUGCUGCCUAUCGCCGCUACUCUCCGGGGCCACGUCGAGCCUGCGGCAGGCACUGAUGCGUUUACUCGAGAGAGCCUCAGCGCACUGGCGUAAACGUGGGGCAUAUGUUGCUAAACGCUGCUCCUAACGCUUAACGAAAAUUUGACAGCCGUGUACUGUGAAGUCGCAGCUAUAAAAACGCGCAAAGCGAUGUAUAUUUCCGUUUUUCUGCAACUUCAGGUGAUUAGUAUAGGAAGCGCACUUAUCGGUCAGGAAUGAUGCACUGUCUGUAUAAUUUUUUUUGCUCACAGGUGUAAAUACAUGGAUAAAACCAUUUUAGUAAAGAACGAGGGUUACGAAACGCACUCUAAAUGCAAAGGUCAUUACACAUAAAUAAAGCAAUACUGCUUGUAAUUAACGUUAAGCCAGUGUCGUAAAACUUACAGUGGCA